UGACCAAAAAUAACGCCCGCUAUAUUCUUCGUCUUUGGUAUUGCGGGCAGUUCGCCAAACAGCUGUGAGCUCCCCCCUCAUUCUUUGAAUCCCCGCCCACGAGCCGAAAAAGGUUGCUGACGAAGUCCGAUCAAACACAUCCAGAACAAAAGACAAGAUGUUCUCGAGCUUCAUUGAAACUGCCCGGAACUCGCCAUUCCGCACCCCCUUCACGUCGGCAAGAUGCGAUGCCGCCGCCCCUGCAGUGGAUCCCCAGCCGGUUGAAGGUCGCCAGAUCGCCGCCGCCGCCGCUCCGGUCGCCAACCAGCAGGACUCCUGCGAAUUCGGCAGCAACAAGUACUUCGCUCUGUGUGGAAUCGGUGGCAUCCUCAGCUGCGGCACCACCCACACCUUCGUGGUCCCCCUGGAUUUGGUCAAGUGCCGUCUGCAGGUCGACCCGGCCAAGUACAAGAAUCUGGUCCAUGGAUUCAAGGUCACCGUCGCGGAGGAGGGCGCCCGUGGCCUGGCCAAGGGAUGGUUCCCCACCCUGCUGGGAUACUCGGCUCAGGGUCUGUGCAAGUUCGGUCUGUACGAGUUGUUCAAAGUGAAGUACGCUGAUAUCAUCGGUGAGGAGAACGCCUACCUCUACCGCACCUCCCUGUAUCUGGCUGCUUCCGCUUCGGCCGAGUUCUUCGCCGAUAUCGCCCUGGCUCCGUUCGAGGCCGCCAAGGUCAAGAUCCAGACCGUUCCCGGAUUCGCCAACAACUUCCGCGAGGCCGUGCCCAAGAUGCUGAAGGAUGAGGGCAUCAACGCCUUCUACAAGGGUCUGGUUCCCCUGUGGAUGCGACAGAUCCCAUACACCAUGAUGAAGUUCGCUUGCUUCGAGCGCACCGUGGAGUUGCUCUACAAGUAUGUGGUGCCCAAGCCCCGUGCCGAUUGCUCCAAGGGCGAGCAGCUGGUCGUGACCUUCGCCGCUGGCUACAUCGCCGGUGUGUUCUGCGCCGUGGUGUCGCAUCCCGCCGACGUGGUGGUCUCCAAACUGAACCAGACCAAGGGAGCCAGCGCCGUGAGCGUGGCCAAGUCGCUGGGCUUCAGCGGAAUGUGGAACGGAUUGACGCCUCGUAUCAUCAUGAUCGGUACCCUGACCGCGCUGCAAUGGUUCAUCUACGACGGUGUGAAGGUCGCCUUCGGCAUUCCCCGUCCACCACCACCAGAGAUGCCCGCCAGCCUGAAGGCCAAGCAGCACUAAAGUUGCAAAGUCGAAUCGGUUACCUUAAGGCCAGAGUCGGUUAGUUGGCGUAAUUGUGGGCAGACCCAGGAGCAACAUACUUUUACUUUCUAACGAAUUUUCGAUUUCUGUAUAGACAAAAAUCCAUUUUCUUAUAUCUUCACAACAAUACAUCAAUGUUGCGUGUGUGCCAUUGCACAUGUACAUUCCAGAAACAAUACUAUACGCAUUUCUCUGACACAGCUAUUUACCUUCACUCUUAUGAAUGCGAAUCUAUCUAACUUUAGUCGCUAAACAUUCUGUCUUACGUAACCACGUAACUAAGCUACACUCAAGUUCAAAGUAUUCAAUUCCAUAUACACUCUAAUUCUAUGUGCUAUAUUUAACCCUAUGUGUGUCUAGAAAGUAUGUCCGUAUGUUGUACCUUUGAUGGCCAGCCCCCUGUUCUCCCCUCCCCUCAAAGCCCGCUGCCCCACGCCCCAAAAAGGCCACACAUGCGAAUAUGAUAUUAUGCUGUUUCAAUUGUCUGACCCGCUACCCAAGAAAGCACUCUGAAUAAAUUAAAUUAUAAACUAUAAAAACACUA